CCCAGAAGCACACGUGGUGCUAGCGGACAGAAUGCCAAAAUCAAAGGAGAUAGUGUCCUCAAGCUCAUCUGGAAGUGAUUCUGAUAGUGAAGUUGACCAGAAGGUAAAGAGAAAAAAGCAACCACCUCCAGAAAAAGAAAAGCCAGUAAAGAAGCAGAAAACAGGGGAAAGUUCUAAGGGUGGUGCUUCUUCAAGGCAAAGCAAUGCCCCUGAGGAUAAUAUGUUUCAGAUUGGAAAAAUGAGAUACGUUAGCGUAAGGGACUUCAAGGGAAAAGUCCUGAUUGACGUCAGAGAAUACUUUAUGGAUCAAGCAGGAGAAAUGAAGCCUGGAAGAAAAGGUAUUUCUUUAAAUCCUGAGCAGUGGAACCAACUGAAGGAGCAGAUGUCGGACAUCGACGACGCAAUAAGAAAACUGUAGAGUUCUACCCAGCUUUGAAGAAACCAAGUUUUCAUUUUAAGCACUCUUUUUACAUUCGCUGUUUUACUUUUUUUUUUUUUUUUUUUUUAUUACGCGCUAUUGUACAUUUGGAUUGUAAAACAAUUUGUCAAAUAUUACACGUCUGCGCUUUACAAUGGCAUUGGAAUUUACACCACGCUACUAUGUAAAAUAUUUUUGUUUAAAAAGUUUCCCAUUAAAAAUAUCAUUCUUUAAAACGAAUGCAUGAAAACACUUUUUUCUCUGAUCCUGAAAGGGCAGCUUAAGAGUUCAGUGCAAAUGCCCUGCAUUUUGUAUAUAUUAAUACGUAGGGCUACUGUACCACAGCCAGCAGCUUUAGGCUCCUUCUUUUCCAACAUUUCUCCACCUUGAUGCCCAUACACUUGUUUAAUUACCUGGUAUGGUGCUUUGCCCAUUUUUAUUUGACCUAGGCAAAGAGAUGGGGGCAGACAACACUGGAGAAACCCAUGAGUGCAGUGUAAACCAAUUGGUUUGAAGCAUAACAAAGCCGUCGGUAUUAGUAUAGGCAGAAUGAGGCGAAUUAGUGCUUUGCCUUAAGUUGCCCGUGAUCAUUUCAGAUUUAAUGAUGUUUGAUUUAAAGAACAAUCCAUGUACUGUGAUUUAUUAUAGGGAUUUUGAGCGCCUGACUGUUUCUGAUGUUCCUCUUACGGUUUCCAGCACUGCAGUAAAUGCUCAGCGUGGGGGACACGGCAGGUGUAAGAGACAUUCUCUGGUCCUUACUGGCCAAGCUGAUUUGUUCAGCAGUGCUAAAGUUUUCUGUCUCAUUACUGUGUCCUCUCUCUAACAGAGAGAUGCCGUUGUAAGUACAGCACAGCAGUUUUACUGCUACAACUACACCAGCACUGAGGACAUGUUGUAUUGUAGGACUGGAGUUUUCUGAAUGGCCAGACUGUUGUGCAGAGUGAAGGUGUUUACGGCAGCAUCUUUAUCAGCUGUAAGGCACAACCUAAAUUUUCUAUUGCAAUCUAAUAGUGUCCGUCAUAUGAUGUAAAACAUCACUAUUAAUGUUUUUUGCAGUUGUAACCACUUACCUAACAUUUUUUUUUGCACUUUUUAGCAUCUAAAUGUUUAACCUUUGGCUUGGUACUUCCACCGUGCACAAAAAAAAUAGCUUUUUCUCAAUGUAAUAAGAAACAUUCCAAAUACAAUCAAUUAAAAAUUCUAUUCCUUUUCUGAAAUAAGUUUCUCUUUACUCUUUGCUCUUCAUACAGAAGUCAGAUUUUGAUUGGCAGGUAGAUCUAAUACAUCUUUUAGGGGGGCUCCCUUUCCUAGCAGAUAUAUUAGAGCUAACAUAAAGCCAACUCCAGCACAAACAAAAUGUAACAGUGACUCUAGCACAAGAAAAAUCUAACAAAAUGACUGGCACAAAUCCUGCAUGUAGAGAGACAGGGUUUCCAUCAGAGCUGGUUAGCUCUAAUACAUCUUUUAGGUAACCCCCCCCCCCCUCCAAUGAGGUACUAGACUUGCCUGUCAAUCAAAACAGAAAGAUUGCUAAAAAGGGAAGAGUGAAGAGUAAUUUAAUUAUUUCAGGAACAGUACAUUUUUAAUUGCUUAUAUUUAGAAAGUUUUUUUUAUUUGUUAGAAACUUUUCUGUGAAAGUUAUAGGUCUUGUUUACUUGAACAGAAUAGGAAUCAGCUGUUACUAGAACUGAUAACUCUUGACCUGGUCAUCAAAGAGUUCUUCAGAUAUGCAGAAUUGAGCAUCCACAGGGAUGUUGGGGCUUGUAGUGCAAAAGCAAGCCUUAGGGGGUUACGAUGGGUAUUCCUGAAUUACACUAAUCCAUGUGAAUACCUACCCCCUGACCUUUAAAAAA